AAUUUAUAAGAGCUUGCUGUCCCCAACAAUAUGUCGUUGUUAAUAGUCCACCUAUAUAACAUCUUUCCUCCUCCUCUUUCUUCAUUCACAGCCUCAACUAAAUUAACUACUCAUUUUGCAUAACAUAUAUAUAAUAAGCUUCCCAUAUUGUUCUUUUACUCUAACCUCCGCCCUGUGCUCCACAAUCAUGGGAGGCUGUGCGAGCAAACCCAAAGCUUUGUUGGAUGACCUUCCAGAGCCGAUCCCUAGAGAGGCACCGGACAGCCCCAAGAAGGCCACUGUUCCGGAAGAGAACAACUACCGAGGUGAGGUUACGAAGGAAGAGCCUUUGGUAGAUCAUUCUGAACCAGCUCAGGAGGCCCCCAACAGUGAAGGCACACCCUCUCAGGAGGCUCCCAACAGUGAAGGCACAUCCUCUGAAUCCAAGACUGUCGAAGCAGAAGCUGUUUCUAGGGAGAGCAUACCCUCCGAAUCAAGUGAGGUGACUGCCAAGCCAACAAACGACAAAGUUGAGGCUGCUAAAGCAACUGAGCCAGCAGAGGAGAAAAAAGUAGAAGAUGUUGCAGAAAAGCCAAAGGUUGAUGUUGUUGCUCUGAGCUCAGAAGACAAAAGUGAUGCACCACUUGUUACAGUGUGAUGACCGUUAGAUUUACUGUAUAAGACAGAAAACAGAAAAGCUCGAAGCAUGAAUGGACAAUAAUAGAAUUUGAUUUUUUUAUUGGGGCA